AUGGCACCGUAUGAAGCUUUGUAUGGGAAAAAAUGUAGAACUCCAUUGUGUUGGGGUGAAGAGGGUGAAAAAAAGUUAUUUGGUCCAGAAUUGAUUGAACUUACAACAGAAAAAGUGAGGGUAAUUCAGCAACGUAUUAUGAGAUUUGGGAAGAAGGGUAAAUUAAGUCCCAGGUACAUUGGACCUUACAAAAUUCUGGAACGGAUAGGAGCAGUGGCGUAUCAGUUGGAAUUACCAGAAGAAUUAUCAAGAUUACAUGACGUCUUCCAUGUGUCUAUGCUUCGGAAGUAUAUAUUGAAUCCAUCUCACGUUUUAGUUAUGAAACCAAUAGAGUUGAAGGAGAAUUUAACUUAUGUAGAGGAACAGGUACAGAUUUUGGAUCACCAGGAACAAGUGCUUCGAAAUAAAUUUAUACUACUGGUAAAAGUUUUAUGGAGGAGUCAUACGGUUGAAGAAGCGACUUGGGAAAGUGAAGAAGUUAUGAGAAUACAAUAUCCUCACUUGUUCGGUAUGUUUCAUGCAAUUUAA